AUGGAUAAGGCCAAAGUUGUUGCAGAAGAACUGAAAUCUACAAAAGUUGAAGAGAGAAAAAAAUUCAUUAUUAAAGGAGUGGUUGACCCUAGAACAAACGACCAUGUAGCAUUUAAAUAUGCAGUAUCUGAAGGCAUUAUCAAUCACAGAAAAGGUCUUUAUGUAAAUCCAAGCACUAAUGAAAGUCUUCCAAUACAAAGGGCCAUGUUAGAAGGAAAGAUAUUAGUUGAAUAUAUAUCUGUUUGUCGAAGUCUUCCUGAAACAACAGCGGUACCGUUAAUAACUAUAAAAAGACGAGUCGAUCAUAAAUACAUUAUAGUCGGAGCACUCGACCCAGUAACAGCUGAAAAAUUGAACCUACAAGAAGCUAUCAGGCGAAACAUUAUUGAUAUCCAAACUGGAGAAUAUAUUAAUGAAAGCAAAGGGGGGAUUAGGAUAAAUGAAGAAGAUGCGGUUGAAGAUGGAUGGAUAAUGGCGCAAUUUGAUGAAACCGCUCCACAAUUUGAAAUUGAGUCAUUUUCCGUAGUAGGCGUUUUAGACCACAAAUUUGGUAUGUUUGUUUCAUUUAUGCAAGCGGUCAGAAGGGGAUUGGUCGAUGGAGAAAGUGGAGAUUAUAUCAGUAACUUAACUGGUAAAAAAGUUUAUGCAGUAGAUGCCAUUAGGAGAGGUCUAAUUAAAGCAGUAAAAUGUUCAAAGGAAAUCAAAGAAGACUGA